CUCUUCACCCCUGACAUGGCUUUUGAGACCAUUGUGAAGAAGCAGGUCAAGAAGAUCAAAGAGCCCUGCCUGAAAUGUGUGGACAUGGUCAUUUCGGAAUUAAUCAAUACGGUUAGACAGUGCACCAAGAAGCUAAGCCAAUACCCUCACCUGCGGGAGGAGAUGGAGCGGAUCGUGACCACUUACAUCCGGGACAGAGAAGGAAAGACCAAAGACCAGGUCAUGCUUCUGAUAGACAUUGAGUUGUCCUACAUGAACACCAACCAUGAAGACUUCAUUGGAUUUGCCAAUGCUCAGCAAAGGAGCAGCCAAAUGAGUAAGAAAAAAACAGCCGGGAAUCAGGAUGAGAUCCUGGUGAUCCGCAAGGGUUGGCUCACGAUCAACAAUAUCGGCAUCAUGAAGGGCGGCUCAAAAGAAUACUGGUUUGUCCUGACUGCGGAGAAUCUCUCGUGGUAUAAAGACGAUGAGGAGAAAGAGAAGAAGUACAUGCUGCCGGUGGACAACUUGAAGGUGCGAGAUAUCGAGAAAGGCUUCAUGUCCAGCAAGUACAUUUUUGCGCUGUUCAACACGGAGCAAAGGAACGUUUACAAAGAUUAUCGUCAACUGGAGCUGGCGUGCGAAACCCAGGAGGAGGUAGACAGUUGGAAGGCCUCCUUCCUGCGGGCUGGAGUUUAUCCAGAACGUGUUGGGGACAAAGAUAAAGGUGGGGAGUCAGAAGAGAACGGCUCGGACAGCUUAAUGCAUUCAAUGGAUCCCCAGUUGGAGAGGCAAGUGGAAACGAUCCGGAACCUUGUUGAUUCCUACAUGGCCAUCGUCAACAAGACCAUUCGUGACCUCAUGCCCAAGACAAUCAUGCACCUUAUGAUAAACAAUACCAAGGAGUUCAUCCACUCCGAGCUGCUCGCCAACCUCUACUCCUGUGGUGACCAGAACACCCUCAUGGAAGAGUCGGCCGAACAAGCCCAGCGACGUGACGAGAUGCUGCGCAUGUAUCACGCCCUGAGAGAGGCCCUUAACAUCAUCGGGGACAUCAACACCACCACCAUCAGCACCCCGCUGCCUCCGCCGGUGGACGACUCUUGGCUGCAGGUGCAGAACAUACCGUCCGGACGCAGGUCUCCCACCUCCAGCCCCACGCCACAGAGGAGAGCACCGGCAGUCCCACCCACCAGACCUGGAUCACGAGGACCAGCUCCUGGACCUCCGCCUGUUGGUGGACCCAGCCUCGGUGGUGCUCCCCCUGUGCCUUCCAGGCCGGGGGCCUCUCCUGAUCCUUUUGGGCCUCCCCCACAAGUCCCCUCGCGGCCCAACCGUGCGCCUCCGGGGGUCCCAAGAAUCACUAUCACUGACCCUUGAGGACUGGCCGAGACCGGUACGUUCUUCGCUGUAUUCACCCCGGCCUCCGCUGAUGCACGAGUCGGUGUGGUUUAACCGUUCUGUCUCCUCGUCCCAUUGCCUCUCCAUCUCGUUCCCUCUCACCCUUCUGCCACUCGCCUCUCCUAGACCAGUAUGGGGGUCUGUCCGGGAUGCGUCGUGUAUUUCUGCUUAGAGUUGCGUGAACGUGUUCCUCUCCUGGACAUUUUCAGAUUGCCAAGUCCUUGCCCAAUCUU